AUGGCAGGAAAUGAUCUGCCUGUGGAGGGUACAAUCACAUAUGUGAAUACAAGCAGCGGGAGCUCCAUAAUCGACUGCACUCAGUUGCCUGGCCCCAUUGAUUCAUUCGGCUUGUGGAAUUACAUUGGUUCUGGGAGUUUGCCGUUUACGUUGCCACUGCUUCAGCUGCAAAUGGUUAUCAUUUUCACCCUCAACCAAGCCGCCCACUACGUUCUUAAGCGUCAUGGACUACCCAAGUUCACCACACAACUUCUUGUUGGCAUAAUCCUCGGUCCGUCUCUUUUGGGACGGUUCGGUAUAAUCAAAAAAGUUCUCUUCUCGUUGACAAGUCAAGAAAUAAUAGAUAUGUUUGCUCACUUCAGUUUCAUACUCUUCUUCUUUAUGAGUACUGUGAAAAUGGAUCUAGGAAUGAUAAAAAGAACAGGAAGAAAAGCCAUGGUUACCGGUGUUGCAUGCAUAUUGUCGCCAUUGCUAAUUGCGUUGUUAGUCGAAAUGCAACUUGAAAGAUUGUGGCCGCUAAAUAAAAAAGAAGCAUUUAUAAUUCCAUUUGUGACAAUACAACAUUGUGUAUCUCCAUUUCCCGUCCUCGUUUGCCUUCUUGAAGACCUCAAAAUCCUGAAUUCCGAGCUGGGCAGAUUUAGCCUUUCUGCAGCAAUGAUAACCGAUUUGUUAAGCGUGAUUAUAACCAUCAUGACCUCCUUCUCUAGAGUUAGCAGGGAGCUUGGUAAUACGAUCGCCGCUAUAGAUUCCGGAGCUUUCAUGAUUUACAUUAUCUUCAAUAUAUUUGCAAUUCGACCAACAAUGCUUUGGAUAAUCAGACAGACACCGGCAGGCAAGCCUGUCAAAGGCAUGUAUAUUGAUGCCAUCAUUGUAGUUUUCCUUGGCUCCGCGUUGUUUUCUCAUUUCUUUGGCCAGACUCUAAUCUUUGGGCCUGUCAUUCUGGGAUUCGCAAUACCAGACGGACCACCUUUAGGAUUAGCUAUUGUCAACAAGUUAAACUGCUUCGCUUCAGAUGUGUUUCUGCCACUGUUCGUGACUACUUGUUCAAUGAGGGCAGAUUUCAGCCUAAUCAAAUUUGAUAGUAAUUUCGUAAAAAUCACCGCAGUCGUCAUUUUUUUGAUUUUUGUGGUAAAAAUUGUGGCUUGUUUGGUACCUGCCUUGUACUCCAAAAUGCCCUUAAAUGAUGCUCUUGCACUCGCUCUAUUAUUGAGUUACAAAGGUGUAAUCCAACUUUCUAUCAACACAUUCAAUAGAGAUAUCGAGGCCAUAACAGACCAGGUGUUCGCUUUGAUAUGUUUACACAUCUUAUUGAUUGCAAUUUUUGUGCCACUCCUAGUGAAGUUCUUGUACGAUCCUUCAAGGCAGUACGCAGGUUACCAAAAAAGAAAUAUAAUGCAUUGCACACGCAAUGCAGAGCUUCGAAUCCUAGCAUGCAUUCACAAGCCAGAUAACAUUGGUGCUCUAAUCAAACUACUUGAAGUCUCGUGCCCAUCUAGAGAGAGGCCCCUUGCUAUUUAUGUUCUUCACCUUAUCGAAUUAAUUGGUCGAACCUCUCCUAUUUUUAUUUCCCACCAAAUGCAGAAAAAGACUGUAUCUAAUAGAUCAUAUUCUGAGAAUAUCAUUCUUGCCUUCGAUCACUUUGAACAAGACAAUCCAGGUGCCGUAUCAGUAAACGUCUUCACAUUAAUCUCUCCACUCAAGUCCUUGCACGAGAACAUUUGCAUCCUUGGAUUGGACAAACUCACAUCCAUCAUAGUAUUGCCGUUCCACCGAAAAUGGUCAAUUGAUGGUUCUGUUGUUGAAUCAGAGGACAAUACCAUGAGGACCUUAAAUUGCAAUGUGCUUGAAGUAGCCCCCUGCUCUGUUGGCAUCCUGAUUGACCGUGGUCAUCUAGGCCAGUCAAUGGUUUCAUCAAAUUCAUCAUAUUCUGUUGCAAUGAUCUUCUUUGGAGGUAAUGAUGAUCGAGAGGCACUUACUUUUGCCAAACGCAUGGCCAAUCACUCUAAAAUAACUCUCACUGUGGUUCACUUUGUUUCCGCCCGCAAUGAAGGUGAUGCCUACUGGGACGAAUAUUUUUUUGACUCUGAGAUACUCAAGGAUGUUAAGCUUAACAAUACGGGUAAUGAAUCUGUGACAUACAUAGAGGAGGUGGUGAAAGAUGGGCGUGAGACGGCAUUGAUAAUUCGGUGUAUGGUGAAGGAAUACGACCUUAUUAUUGUUGGUAGACGAAAUGACGUAGAGACUCCGCAGACAUCAGGGUUGGCAGAAUGGAGUGAAUUUUCAGAGUUGGGGGUUAUUGGAGACUUGCUUGCCUCAUCAGAUGUUAACAGUAGAACAUCUGUUUUUGUGGUGCAACAACAACAAAAUAUAUGA